AUGACAUUAACUUUCUAUAACCUAAUAGAAGCUAGUUUGCUUGUACUUAAUGGUAUUGCCAUUAUCAAUCGUGAACGUGUCUUAAAUAAGUGGCUCAAAUCUCGCCAAAAUACUUUUGAGUAUGGACAGCCGCAUACAUCAACAGGAGCUGCUGAUCAGAUUUUAAAUCUUAUUGUUUCUGUACAAACUGUUAUGAGAAUACCAUUAAUUUUCAAUAUGGAACGUAUAACUGAAACUACAUGCCUUGAAACUCAUUUAGUAAAAGGAAUUUUUGAAACUUUUAAUAAGCACUAUAGAUUAAAUCAAAAAAAUAUUGAAAGAAUGGCUAUUCGUAUUAGAGAACCUUUAAAAGUUUGUCGAAAGGCAAUGGAUGACGGUGAUUUAGAAAAAGCUAAAAGAGCUUUAGCGCUUUUGAAAACACGUAUUGAAACUUUGUCAGAAGAGAUGACGGAUAAUUGGUUAAAAGAGCAGGCAUUAAUUAAAAAUUUUAAAGAACGUUGGUUAUACAUUAAUAAAGUUAGUAUUGAUGAACAACGAUUUACACAACAAAAAUUUCACAGAUAUUUAACGGAACAUUUGCUUCGAAUUGGAGCAUUAAAAACUGCUAGUAAAUAUGCGGCAAAAUAUGGAGUUGAGAAUUUGGCAAAUUUUGAAUCAUAUAAUGAGAUUAACAAUAUCAUUACAUCUAUUGAUCAAAAAAAUUUAGAACCUGCAAUAAUUUGGUGUGCCCAACAUAAAUCUAGAUUAAAAAAAAUUAAUUCUUCAUUGACAAUUGAGUUAAAAAUUCAAGAUACUUUAUCAAAUUUACAACCUAAUAAUAAACUUGAAGUUCUAGAUGCUUUGAAAAAAGUCUUACAUGAAAAUAAUUAUGAAUGUUCAAAUUCAAAAAUUUCAGAGAUAAUUGGAGCUAUCAUUGUUGCUGGUGGUUGUAAUAUUCAAAAAUACAAUGAUAUGGUGAAUACAAAGCGAUAUAUACAAUUGCGAAAACUUUUUAUAUCAGAUGCUUCAAAAAUUUACGGUUUUUAUGGUGGGACUCCGUUUUCAAUAUCACUUUUACUAGGUAUAUGUGCAUUUAAAUCCACUAAAUGUUCAGAACAAAAAGAUUCUAAAUGUAUUACGUGUCGCCCAUUAUACGUAAAAAUUGGAAACAAAUUGCCUACUGCUUCUAGACGGAAUUCUAUUAUACUUGAUCCAAUAACAAAGGAAAUUUUAAAUGAAAAUAAUGUCCCUAUGAUGCUUCCAAAUGGUUUAGUUUAUGGAAAAAAACAAAUAGAUAAAAAUUCUAAAGAUGGUGAAUUUUAUUGCACAAUAUCUAAUGCUUCCUUUCCUGUUGAAUCAUGUUUGCGUGUAUAUAUUCUUUAG